UUUCCACGUCUCACAAUGGUUAACUGCUGUGGGAGGGGUUGGUUGGGCGAGCUUCUGGAGAUCCACAUUGAUUUCUAUGUUCAGAGCGAAAGCCUUGCUGCUGCCGGAUAGUCCUGCUCUGCCCAACUGCUUGUGUAUGCCCACUGGAUGCCCGGGUCCACACAUGGGGGCAGGAGAAAAGUCCCAGUAACCCCAGGAUCUAUGUCCAGGCGGAGGAAGGGGACUCAGUCUUUCUGGGGACUUCGGUCUCCUCUACUUUAAGUGCUGCCAUGCAGUACGAGCCUGGACCAGGAUGGAGGGUACAGUGACUGGUUGCGUUGUAUCUUGGAGAUGAUUUGAUCUUCUCACCCAACAAUGAACAACAGCACGGAGGGGACAUCGUAUAGGGGACUUCUGUCCCCAUCGAAUACCACAGACCUCAGGGACUUCAAGAUAUCGGUCUUGUUUUCCAUAGUAUUCAUGACGGUGGGGAUCACAUCCAACAGUCUUGCCAUAGUCAUACUCUUGAAGGCCUACCAGAGGUUCAGGAAGAAGUCCAAGGCCUCCUUCUUAUUGUUUGCCACUGGCUUGGUCUUUACUGACUUAUUCGGCCAUCUCAUCAAUGGGACUAUCGCGGUCUUUGUCUAUGCCUCCAAUAGAGAAUGGUCAAAAUUUGAUCACGCGAACAUUCUGUGCAGCAUAUUUGGCAUGUGCAUGGUGUUCUUUGGCCUCUGCCCGCUCUUACUAGGGAGUGUAAUGGCGGUCGAGAGGUGUAUCGGAGUCACUGAGCCCAUCUUUCACUCAACUAAAAUGACCUCAAGACAUGCCAAGAUGAUCUUGGCUUUCGUCUGGCUCUUUGCCAUUUCAGUGGCUUUGUUGCCUAUUGCGACUUUAAGAUCUUACCACAUCCAGGCCACCAAGACAUGGUGUUUUUUCAAGACUGAACAGAUUGAAGACUGGAUGGAUCAGUUCCAUUUGCUGUUUUUUUCCUGUUUGGGGCUCCUUUCUUUGGCCAUCUCAUUUGUAUGCAACGCCAUGACUGGAAUAACAUUGAUCAGAUCCAAACUGAAAAGUCAGCAACACAGAAAAGGCAGAUCCCAUCACCUGGAGAUGAUAAUCCAGCUGCUGGCUAUCAUGUGUGUCUCGUGUAUUUGCUGGACUCCGUUCUUGGUUACAAUGGCAAAUAUUGGAUUAAAAAACUACGGAUCUCAGGACCCUCACGAGACAAUCCUUUUUUCUCUCCGGAUGGCCACUUGGAAUCAAAUAUUAGACCCAUGGGUUUAUAUUCUUCUAAGGAAAACAGUCCUAAGAAAACUUUUCAGAAUUGUCCAGCGUUGUUGUGGCAUAGAAAUCAUAGAUUUACAUGGUUGGGAAUUUAGCUCCAUCAAAAACUCCCUCAAGGUCGCUACAGUCUCGGAACAUCCUGCUUGCUCACGAAAAAAUACCUUGAGUAUCUCUCCAAAAACAGAUACAGAACAAAAAUGUGAACUCAUUGAAAGAAAAUAAAGCACUUUUUCAACCGUUUGUCAAAAAUUAUAUCCCCAAAAGUGUAUAUCGUGAGGCUAUGUCAUGGUGAUCUAAUACAGAGUGACCUCAUGCACCUUCAGCAAGACUGAUAUAUUUCUUAGCAUGGCAAACAGCAUAGACCUCUUUUUGUGCCACAAUGAAGACUGUAAGUCUUGUAAACAGUAGGCAAUGAUCCGUAAGAUGUAUAUGAUGGUAAUUUCAUGUACUGUAUAGCAUAAUGUAU